GCAAAUUUUAAAUUUGACUGAAUUUUAAUUUUGACCACAACAUAUAUAUCUAUCCGGUAGAAACGACAUUUAUAGUGCAUUGGUAGAGCGACUCAUGAAAUAAUAUAUUUAUAUAUAUAUUGAUAUACUACAGGGUGUAAAAUACCCUUGCCCCCCCCCCCCCCCCCUCCCUCCCUCUAUAACCUAAAGUAUCAAUGAUAUCACAAAUGUAUUUUAUACCAAAAGAAAGCGAGUCAAAAAAGGGGUUUCUUGGUACUAAAUGGUAAAGGUUAUGAAAACCUUUUAUUAUCGAACUUAAGACAUUUUCAGAAAUUUUAUGCCUUUUUGGCGUAGAAAAGUAAGGUGCCGUUAAUUCUAAAACGGAGUAAAUUUUUUUUCUUGGAUGUUUUUACAUGGUUCGAUAGAGCUCGUCGAAUUCUACAAAACUGUAUAUAUAUAAAAAAAUCUGUAAGCCAUCUUUUUGAGAUAAAAAAAAUCAAAAAAUUACUUGGAAAACCACAAAAUACGUUAAAAAAAAACUUCUUUUGUUUAUAUGGAAGAAAAACAUUUGGUUUUUAAAUACAAUUAUCUAUUUUCAUUAUUUUUACUACCGCAGAUGUUUCGAAAUAUAUUCAUUAGACGCAGUUUUUCACGCUGCAUCGAAUGGGUACAUUUCGAAACAUCUGCGGUAAUAAAAAUAAUGAAAAUAGACAAUUUUAUUUAAAAACCAAGUGUUUUUCUUCCAUAUAAAAAAAAGAAGUUUUUUUUAACGUAUUUUCUGGUUUUCCAAGUAAUUUUUUGAUUUUUUUAUCUGAAAAAGAUGGCUUACAGAUUUUUUCAAAAUAUAUACAGUUUUGUAGAAUUCGACGAGCUCUAUCGAACCAUGUAAAAAUAUCCAAGAAAAAAAGUUACUCCAUUUUUGAAUUACUGACAACUUUAGGCCACCCCAUCGUCAAAAAAGUCACUUUUCGUCAAAAUCAUCGAAAUUGAGAAAAAUGCAUAGGAAGAUAGCCCGUGAUCUGCUCUUUCAUAUAUAAUAAAAGUUUUUACUCGGCAUCUCCUUUUUUUAUCCACCGAAAAAUGUUGUAGGUUUUCAUCACCGCCCUAUUCGAAAAACAGGCCGUGUUUUUAGAAAAAACCAAAAAGUCAUUUUUCGUCAGAACGUCGGUUCAACGACAUAUCUCCAGCAGAACUCCAUCACAGUAAGAGAUAAAGCCAAAUCUUUUUCUUUUUUGUUUGAAAGCUUAUGUACAGGGCUAGCGACUCUCGUGACUCUUUUUUUUAAAAGAAGCUUUUUUAUUAUCAUAGAAGAUAACCUCUCUAUCGGAGCAGUGCAAUUUUUAGAGAGGUUUUUUGAGUCAUUGAACUUUCGCUUCGGUUUUUUUCGCCUAAAAAGUAAGAUUUAAAAAAAAAGGGCCACGAAACUCGCUUUAUUCUGACAUGCUCUUUCAAACAAAAACAAAAAAAAAUUAAAUGCCUAGAAUGAAGACCCACAGAGAAAACUAGGAUAUACUAAAGAGCUAUUUUUGUGAAACUCACGUAUGUUUUCAAAGAAAAUAGUGAGUGUAAGUUUUCAGUUCGAGGUUUGGUGGCUCCCCCUCUCCCCUCUCCUCCCUCCCACCCCAUUACAGACACAUAGCAACGAGAAAGAGAACAUUACAGACAAUCUCCCAUUACAGACGUUGACAACUUUAUGAAAAACAAAAAUUUUCUAUUCGAAAUUGAGAGAUAAAAAUAUAGGAUUUCUUAAUAAUCGAUUAUUGUGAGAAAAGAACAAUUAUGUUCUUUUUGAGAAAUUUUAAAUCUUGGAUAUUUUGUCAUUAGUAUAAUGAAAGCAAAGAAGAUAUGUGAGUUCCACAUGUUCAGCCCUAAAGGGGCUGCACUAACAAGCUUUGUUUUUUUUUUGAGACUAUAAAGUUAUGUAUUCGAAAAGUAUUUAUAUAUUAAAUAGAUGUCAUCUUGACAUUGACGAUAUAUAUGUAUAUUUCAUAAACUGUAAGCUUUUUCUAUGUUUUUAUUUUUUGUAGAAAUUAUAAAAGGAUGUAACUAUGUACAUAAGUAUAUAUUGGUAAAGAUAUAUAUAUAUAUGUAUGUAUAUUACCAAAAGUAUGAGAAGAAGAAAAACAAAACGUAAGAAGAUAAAACACUCACAACGCGUAUAUAUUAUGUAUCCACUUCUGUUAUAAAGAAGAGAUAAAAAAGAAAAAAAAAACAAUGUCAAGAAAACAAGUCGAAACUUGAAAUGAUGUUAAUUUUUGCAAAACUUCAAAUGAAAUUUUCACUUUUUUCUCUCUAUGUGCUUUCUGGCUCUCUCACAUUGUCUUCUUUUUUAUUUUAUCAUUUUAUUCUCUUGUUUCUCUCAAUUUCAGUGAUUCCAUUACGUGGAAGUUCAAUUGACAUUCAUCCAAAUGCUCGAUGGCAACAGAAUGGUCUCACUGUUGCUGGAGGAAAUGGAGAAGAAAAUGGAAUCAAUCAACUCUCAUACCCAUGGGGUUUGUAUGUUGAUGAAGAUCAAACAAUAUAUGCCGCUGAUCGAUCGAAUCACCGUAUUGUGGAAUGGAAAUGGGGUGCGACGAGUGGCCAAGUGGUUGCCGGUGGAAAUGGACAAGGAAGUGGGGCUCAUCAAUUGAAUGAACCACAAGAUGUGAUUGUCGACAAAGAGAGAGAUUGUCUAAUCAUCUCCGAUACUUCGAAUAGAAGAGUGGUUCGAUGGCCUCGUCGAAAUGGGACAAGUGGAGAAACAAUCAUCUUCAACAUCUAUUGUUGGGGUUUGACAAUAGACGAGAAUGGAUCUCUCUAUGUCGUUGACAAUGGAAAAAAUGAAGUGAGACGAUAUCGAAGAGGAGAAUCUGAAGGAACAGUGGUUGCAGGUGGCAAUGGAAGUGGAAAUCGUCUCGAUCAACUCUCUUACCCACGAUACGUAUUCGUCGAUCGAGAUCAUUCAGUCUACGUGUCUGAAUAUGGAAAUGAUCGUGUGAUGAAAUGGGUGGAAGGUGCAAAACAAGGCAUUGUCGUGGCUGGUGGUCGAGGACAAGGAAAUGGUCUUACACAAUUGUCAUGUCCUGAAGGAGUCGUUGUCGAUCAAUUGGGCACUGUCUAUGUGGCUGAUGGAUGGAAUCAUCGAAUCAUGCGUUGGCCCAAUGGAGCCAAACAGGGAAGUGUCAUUGUUGGCGGAAACGGUGCAGGAGGACAAUCGAACCAACUCAGUGUGCCCUUCGUACCAAUGCGUGCAAGUUCUAUUGAUAUUCAUCCAAAUGCAAAAUGGUCAACGAAUGGUAUCACUGUUGCUGGAGGAAAUGGAUAG